GCGUACCUACUCGCACAGUACACACCAACACCUGUUGCUGCCAUUUAUAAUCGAAACAGCUUGACCGCUCUGUCCUGUUCAAGAACCAGAGCGGUGUUGUAAUAUAUCGCAGUUGUUCCUGGAAGUGUCGUAGCUCCUAAUCAAAACCGUUUUGAACUGGGGUGCUUGGCCCGGUUGACAAAUAUGUCACUUACGACAGUUGGGCCGGUGUUGUUGAUAUGUAUAAUGGGCUUCUAGUUAUAUUUGCAAUUAGCAUUUUGGCAUAUUAUACUGUGUGUUCUCUUUAUUUAAUGAGAUUUUUUUUUUGUCAACAAUGAGAUCUGGUUUUAACCUUUAAGAGAACUUUCAAGUUUGCUACAAAAAGAAGAAGAUAACUUUCAAGAAUUUAAAAAGACAAAGAUGAUUAUUUGUUAAUCCUACUUUAUAUUUUUUCUACCACUAGUUUUUUUUGUCAACAUGUUUUUCCAUUAUAAAGACACUUUUUGAGUUAACUAGCAUUCUUAUUGCACAAAACAAAAAGCAUUCUUUUUGCUUUUAAGAAUGCUGAUGUGAUGUUUAGAAUAAUGAUAUAAACUUAAUACAUUUUGAAUAUUUAGUCAAAAUCAAACAAAGAUCUAAUGUAUAUAACUAAAUUCUUUUUAGCUAACCUCUCCGAGGAACGUUUUUAUUGCAGAUAUGUAACUAAAAUAAGGCUUAAAUGAUACUAAUAAUAUUCUAUCCACUGAGACGACUAUUCUGUAUAUAUAAACACACAUGGAUAUAAUUGUUAAAUUCAUGGUCGUCUUCAUUAAAUAACCCAAAAUCAGUUUCAGCGCUUUGGCCUUUAAUCUCAACAGUCUCUCCAUUUUCAAACAGACUCUUCACAUUCUCGAGAAAAUAUCAUUUUCCCAGAUUCAGUGCCUACUUUUCUCGGAAAAUGGAGUCUGUUAUCAGUUGGUGAUGUACAUUGAGCAAAGACGAGCUAGAGAUUUGUGUUUAGAAGCUCGCAAAUAAUGAAUCCGUCGACUUCUCCCGGCGUGAAACGCCGUCGAGGACUCUCGACGCCGUCGCUGUGCUGCGGAGGAUCCACGGCGGCUGAGUUUUGCGGUGGCACGACGGCGGAUUUCGCCGCCUUAUGUUGCUGCGGUCCUUGCAGCGUCGUCAGCCUCGUCGUCCUCGCCGUAUACAAGAUCCCUCGCGGACUCUUCCGCCGUGUGCGGGGGAGACGAGGGCUGGCGAAGAGAGGAAACGGAGAUUCAAAGCUGAGCAAAGUCGGGAGCUCGAAGUUCGCCGUUCAUCCGGUAGAGAGCAGAGAGGAGGAAGAUCUCGAUAAGCUAGCGAUGGAGCUGAAGGAGGAAGAAGAAGGAGAAGACGAGGAGGUGGUUGCGUUAGAGAAGGAGAUGUGGAGCAGAUUCUACAGUGGUGGUUUCUGGCGAAGCCUUUCGCAAGUUGAAACGGCGUCGUCUCCCAAAACCGAUUAGAGAAUCAGAUUCGUUAGUGUAAGACAGUGUGAAAUGUAUAUGCUCUUGUUCAUAUAGUUUUUUUCAAUAAAUACUACAUAAUCAAGUUUAGAUGUCUCAGAGGAACCAUAUGUUAAUUAUGUUUAGGAGCAACCUCAAUGGAAAGUUUCUCAUUUGAAGAUUCUUAUUAAAAAUUAUUUUUAUUUUAAUUUGAUAAAAAGAACUGAUUAGUUUUAAUUCUAAUAAAAUUCUGAAAAAUAUAAUUUUAAAACUUUAUCUUAAUUUCUCUCCUACUUUUUUCUUAAUUUUAAUUAUUAGAUGUUCAUUUAGAACCCUCUAUUGUAAUUGAUAUUGCUAGUAGAUCACAUAUGUGAAGAUCUACUCCAACAACACUUUAUGACCUUUUGAGAUAUGAGGUACAAACUUAUAGUAGAAUAUUGUAGUCAAAUUACUCGUCCUUAAAAGCUCUGUGAAAAAUAGUAUUAUAUGGUAUAAUCACAAUGCGUAAAGCAAUUAUAUAUAGAUUCAUGAACUUAAAACACUGUGACCGGAUCAAAAGAUGCAAAACAUAUUGCAAUGUAGUUGUGUGCAUAUAUCUAAGGUUACACAUCAAUAU